AUGUCGUUCUCAGCAUCACCUCGGAUCCAAGCUAUUGCGGUCCUGAGUCCGCGCAACACGCCCGUCUACGUCCGGCACUUCCAGCAUGGCCGCGCCCCCGCAUCGUCAUCCGCCUCGUCCUCUACAGCAUCCAAGGCGACCAACGGGGCGGAUUUGAGGUACCACUACUUUGCGCAUGCCGCCACCGACGUCAUGGACGAGCGGACCGCGCACGGCCGGAACGCCGAGCAGUACCUCGGUCUCCUCUACACGCUCGAGGACCUUGCGGUAUACGGCUUCCAGACGAGCACGAGAGUCAGGUUCAUGGUCAUGCUCUCGUUGACAGACCACCUUGUUCGCGACAUCGACGUCCUCACCAUCUUUCGAGCGCUGCACACCGCCUACCUGUCCUACAUUUCCAACCCCUUCCACAGCCUUCCGCCCAACCCAUCCGCCCUCCUCAGCAGCCCAACCGAUGCGCAAGGCGCCGGUCCAGACGGAGGUGCCGAGCCCGAAAGGACGGCUGCGACGCUCUUUGCGAUGCAGGAUGCCUCACUCCCGCUCAAGGUUCGGCAGAUUCGCAGCCCCGCCUUUGACAAGGCAGUUGAGCGGAUCGUCGGUCUCAGAUCGGAACCUCCCGCGGCGUCGUCAGGCACAGCAGAGGCGGCGGGGCAUGCCGCAGGGGGUCGCACGACGGCGCCGGUGGCCGGUGCCAGCUGA